AUGUAUCGCAUCGAAUCUAUCCUCUCCCCUGAAUGUCCAGGUCACAUUCAGACAGUCGUCGCCACCCAGGCAGUUCAAACGAAGAAACCCAAGGAGAUCCUUACGCCGCCGGAGCGGAUACCGGUGCCACGCGCCGGAGCGGAUCCUCCACACAGGCUACUCCCUGCUACGUCUUACGACGACGAGCCGAGGCAGUUGUUACCAGCCGCUCCAAAGGCCAGGAGGCCGUCUAGAGCUGCACGGCCUCCGAUGAGGUCCAGUAUAGCUUGCUUGAGUUGUCGGAAGUCUAAGAUCAAAUGCGAUAACAACUUAAGACCACCAUGCGAUGCGUGUGCCAAGGCGGGGCAAAACUGUGAACUCCCAGCUUUCACGCCUCUGCCAAUUAAGCAACCAUUGCUUGAUGUGGAAGCAGGCCAUGAUCGGAAGCGUGUCAAAAAGAUUCAAAAUGCCACUCCGUUUUACGUGACAGCGAAAGCCGAAGACGUGCUGUCGAUGCCAUGUCUGUCUGAGUCUAUGUGGCAUCAGCUUUUCGACAUCUACAAGCUUCACAUUAGUACUGAACUGCCUUUUCUGCAUAUCCCGACGCUGAAAGACGUUAUUCAUAAGAAGGAGACCGAGCCGCCAACGGCGGACGACAAUCUGAUCCUACUAGGCGCCUUAGCCCUCACAGUAAAAUUCCAACCAGAGCUUGUUAAAUACGUUACCUGCCAAAUACACAACAACGCCACUAGAGCUAGAUCCCGCGGCGGCUAUCCGAAGCCCAACCCUUCGGCUGCCUCCGAAUAUUUCGCGAAUGCUCUCACAACAGCCCUGGGGCCUCUGGAAUUAGCACUGACCUCGGCCUCCGUAGUCCGGGUUCAAGCCUUCCUGAUGCUGGGCUUGCACAAAUGGAGCCAGCCCGACGGCGGCUUAGCCGCGUGGGUGUUUGUCGGUGUGGCUAUCAGAAUGGCUCAAGGUCUGAAGCUGGGUAUCGAGGCAACUUCCCAGUUGUCAGAUUUCAACAAGUCUUACAAAGGACAUUCAGAGUCGUGGAAAGCGCAGGAGAUUAAGCGGCGCACUAUGUUCAGUUGUCUUAUCAUGGAUUGCCUGUUGUCAUGCGGAGCUGGGCGAGCUUCAAUGAUGCGAUCCGACGAGUUACAAAUACAGCUUCCCUGCGAAGAGCCCGCCUUUGAUCUCAGCCGUGUCGUCUGCACCGGAUUCUUGCAACAGCCCGAACCACAAAUAGGACGUCAUAUAGACAACAGCGUUCUCAGUCGCUUUAUACAGUUUGUUGACUUAUGGGGAGAUAUAGCGAAGUACAGCGUCGCUGGUGGUCGCCUAACAGAAACAUACCCACCCUGGAACAAGCACUCGAGCUUUUAUCAGUUGAACGUCAGGGUCGAGGCGAUCUAUUCUUCUUUACCAGAGGAGUUCGUCUUGUCCAGCGCAAACUACUGGAAAAACAACAACAGCACGUACGUGUUACUACACAUGCUUGGCGCAAUUUGUAGGAUCGUGCUACAUCGGGAAUAUAUCCCUUUCCUUGCAAUCAAUCUGGAGAAGCCCGUGGGGCCGCUGGACGAGACGGUCGCCCAAUCCGCCACCGUCCCCGGCGACUUUUGGUACCGAAGUGCUGAGCAGGUUUUCAUGGCCGGCAGGGAGGUUAUUGAUUUAAUUAAAAUAUGCCGUCAUAAGCUUCCGCAAUCACCACUUGCAAUAUUUGCUACCUGGCAAGCAGCGUUUGUAGGAUUAUAUGCGCGGCACUAUCCACAGAUGGAUGCCGAAAACCAUAUGAUUGGAGAGGCAGAUAUCCAGGAGCGGGCCGCGGGACUAUCGUCUGAUUUUACAAGGACGGGUAGUACUGGCAUUGCCUUCGACGCGUUGCAGAAAGUCGCCCCUUGUUUUGGCAUAGCCUCUAACUACGUGAGGUACUCCAAGAAUGUGGAUCAGUAUUUUACGAAGGUCAAUUCCGAUUACAUGCAACGAUGCAGAAGGCCAAGGAGCGAGGAAGCGUUAAUUACACGGGUAAACUUAACAGACAGCGAACUUGGGGCGACGAGAAACAAGGCCAUGGAGAUCCUCGAAGCAGAGGGACGGCGUACUAGCCAUAAUACCCCCGACGACUUGACUCGCACUUUCUCACGGAGCUCAUCUACGGGUCUAAAAUAUUCCUAUCUUGGCGCUAAUGAACUAGACGACGGAAGAAGAACAAGCGAGGCAUCCACGUUGUCUUCGACCAUCGUUUCGUCUCAAACCAGUUUUUGCCUUGGUAUCAGCAGUGCUGACGUCACCAGCAUUGAGUCGUACGUCAGUGAGUAUCAGAGCAAGCGACUAGAGGCUGUGUUGCAGGAUAUUCACGAAUUCACGGGCGACGUAAUCAGCAGCAGAAUGUUAGAGCUCAGGGCCUAA